AUGUCUCUAUCAAAGCUUUUGAUGGCGGUUUGUCUUGCAGCUGCACAUGCCAAACCACUAUCCCCGUCCAAGGUCUCUCGUCGCCAGAAUCCUUCGCCAUCCAACUAUCCUCUCGAGGAUGCCUGCGGUAAUGAAUGGAAAUACCUCAAUUUUGAUCCUAACAAUGACGGAGAUAGGGCUCGUCUAGAGCUACUCCACGAUGUACUUUGCUCCGGUGAGCUUCGUGGCAUUUCGUCUUGGGGCGCGUUUGCUGCUAGCGAGAGGCAAACGUCCGAGAACGUUGUCUACGACGUAUUUUUUGACACAGAAGACGAUUCACCCUCAAAAGUCAACGACGUCUUGAUUACCAUUGCGGGGGCAGAUACUGUGGGCAUCAUGGCAGGGUCAAAGGUUGGCGAUAUGAUCAUUGAUAACAAAGACUUUGGCGGAAGCACUGGUAAUAGUUGCAACAACGAGGGGACUCUGGCCUAUACAGUGGUUGACCAAGACGGUGAUGAGAGAGAAAAGAUCCAUUUCUGCGACAUCGCCUACGAGAAAAAGGUCCACGCAGCUGAUAUUGAUUGCGGCAGCCUUGACAAGUACCCCAGCACCAAGAUGGACACCUUUUCUCGCGUUGCACUCCAUGAGACUCUGCACUAUUCCACGAUCGGACCCAAGUCGACACUAGGUGAACAGAUCGUCGACCAAUUGAACGAAGAUGACAAACCUGCAUACGAUCCAGAACGUGCCCACGGUCUUAACGACCCAAAACAAGAUAAUCAGCCAGGCAAAUCGGAGAUCAAUGCUGAUAACUACGCAUGGAUGUCACUUGACGCUAUUAUAAGCAGUCGGUGCAUUGAAACAACAGACAGGGAGCCGUGGCACAAAUUCUUCACUGCGAGCCCCCCAAAAUACUCUUAA